AACCACACAACAGAGAAGCAAAACAAAUCCAUUUGUUGGACAGAAAGAAAACAAAGAUAUCAGAUAUGGCGAAGGACGUGGAAGCCGUUGCCGGAGAAGGGUUUCAGUCAAGAGACUAUCAAGACCCGCCGCCGGCGCCUCUGUUUGAUCCGGAGGAGCUGACGAAGUGGUCUUUUUACCGAGCAGUCAUCGCCGAGUUUGUAGCUACUCUCCUCUUCUUAUACAUCACCGUUUUGACAGUCAUCGGUUAUAAGAUUCAGACCGAUAGUACAGCUGGUGGUGUUGACUGCGGUGGAGUUGGAAUCCUCGGUAUCGCUUGGGCCUUCGGUGGCAUGAUCUUCAUUCUCGUCUACUGCACCGCUGGUAUCUCUGGUGGUCACAUAAACCCGGCAGUGACAUUUGGGCUACUCUUGGCCCGAAAAGUAUCCUUGGUUAGAGCCAUAUUGUACAUGGUAGCUCAGUGUUUGGGUGCAAUUUGUGGAGUUGGGUUCGUUAAAGCCUUCCAAAGCUCUUACUACGUCCGCUACGGUGGUGGAGCCAACUCUCUAGCCGAUGGCUACAGCACAGGUACUGGCCUCGCCGCAGAGAUCAUCGGUACUUUCGUUCUUGUCUACACGGUCUUCUCGGCCACUGACCCUAAACGCAGUGCCAGAGACUCCCACGUUCCAGUGUUGGCUCCACUUCCUAUUGGAUUUGCGGUGUUCAUGGUACACUUGGCUACCAUUCCCAUCACCGGAACUGGAAUUAACCCGGCGAGGAGUUUAGGAGCAGCUGUGAUCUUCAACGAGAGCAAGCCAUGGGAUGACCACUGGAUCUUUUGGUUGGGACCAUUCAUUGGAGCUGCUAUUGCUGCAGUCUACCACCAAUUCGUUCUGAGGGCUUCAGGUUCCAAGUCUCUAGGGUCUUUCAGAAGUGCUGCAAACGUCUAGUAAGCGCUUUCAUCCACCCAAACGCAUUCUGAAAUGAUAAGAUGAUAACUUCAAAUAGUUGUCGUCUUUUUUUCUAUGUACAAAUGUAUCCAAAUCAAAUCUCUGUUUUCUUAUUUAUAUCUUCUACUUGCUUUUUUGUGCAAUUUCAUUUGGUGUAAUUGUUUUUUUCUUACACCAAUGCCAAGUUUAUCGAGUGACUGGAAUUAAAAUCAAUGAGGUUAUAUU